AUGGAUUCUGGCAUUUUAUUUGAAUAUUUGGAAUUUUAUUUCAGUGGAGGCAAGUGGAGUCAUAUCAAGAAGUAUGUUGAAACCAAAGAAACAUUUCCUCACAACCUUCACAACACCAUAACAAGCAGCACCUACUCAGGCCGCCUUCUUCUAGAGUCCCUGGAUUGUGAUAGAUCAUCAACUGAGCACCAUUCACCUUCUCUUGCUUCUCAUGCCUCCCAGUUGUCCAGCUCCAGCCUACUAAACAUACCAAGCUGUACUACAACAGGGCCCAGUUCUACGGGUCCAGAUAUUUCCUCUUCAUGCCUGCCUGAGGAUUAUCUCCAAAUCUAUUCAGAAUAUGAUCCAAGUUUCCCUCCUUCAUCCUCUAUGUUGGUUCUUCCCCAUGCACCCAACACCCAAGAUGUGAUGGAUGCUGUGCCCAAGUCCCUCAGCACAGGUGCUUUAUCUGGAUCAGCAGGAUACCCUGAGCCCUGUUGUGCUGGCCCACAUGAUACAGGAAAGUCAGUGGCAGAGGGUCAAGUAAUGAAAGAUCAUAUCAUAUGUCCAUAUCAUAAUGGCGAUAAUGUGGCUGAGGAGGACAGAGUGAGCAUAGGGAGUGAUACACUCUCAGGGGUUAGUGAAGAUUUCAGUUGUUCUUUACCUGUUGGUGUCCCAGAGCUGUUACCAGAUACAGUACCACUUCCAGAAGUGAUAAUAACUAUGAAUAAUUCUGUGAAUAAUUCAUGUGAUGAGUUAGCCCAAUCUGUAGAAAGUAAGGAAAUUUGUGAUGAUAACAUUGAUGGCUGUGUUAAUGCUGAUAGCAGUAGUGUAAUAAAAACUGCUUCAGCAGAAAAUGGAAAGGAAAUGCCUGGUUCUAAGCAGGAAAGGAGUCCCCUAAUUGAAAAUGGAGGAAAGGACAAUACCAUGUCAUAUAAACCAACUGAUCACCUAGACCAUGAGGAAAAUAGCAUAACUGACACUUCAUUUGCCAGCACUACUCUCCCAUCAUUUUCAUGGACAAAACAGGAAGAUUCAGAAGUACCCUCACUAGAUAUUGAAGAUCUUAUAAGGAAUUCUCGUCAGCUUCUACAGAAUGUUGACCACACACUUUUGCAAAGCAGAAGCCAGAGUGUCGUAUUUCCUGAUUCUGGUGAAAACAGUUCUGCUGAUCACUCUGAAUUACCAUAUGAUGGUGACAGUGUGAGCCAAGAUUUAUUAGAUAAAGGGGGGAGCUUAGCAAACCAAAAUUCUCUUGAGAAAAAGGCAUUAUCCAUUAGCCUCUCAAAAAGCAAUACGCCCGUCAGAUUGUCUCCAUUAAUGGCACGCAGACUGGGUAAAAGUAAAAAAUCAAGUUUAAAAAGUGCAAAAAGUGAAGGUAACUUGUCAACUCCCCAGAAAAGGCCUGAUGUGUCAGCUGGAAAAAAUAUUAUUGUUGACCCAGAAACCAGAAGCGUAAAACAAGCAGAGCUGAUACCAAACAUUGUUACCCAGGUUGCAUUGCCAAGCCUUGAACAAUCACAAGAUUUUACCAAAAAUAAUAGUUCAAGCCAAAGAGAAAGUCCAUCUCCCAUUAUAUGUGACCCUCCUCCAGAAAGUUCCUUAGCAUCUUUGCUGGAAAAAUAUUCUGCCAACAGAGGCCAAGACUCUCAGCCAAGAUUACCAGAAGGGAUUGUGAAGGUGUGGCUGUCCCAAGUGAUCUCUGCUGUCUCUUUCCUCCAUCAGCAGGGUAUAGUUUGGGGGGACUUAAAUCCAGAUAAUAUUUUGUUGGAUGAAGGGGGCAGCAUAUUGAUGACUUACGAGAGUCGGUGGUCUUCAGUACAACAAGGAGUGUGGAGGAGUCAGGGUCUGACAAGCCAGGCAAAGAAGUGGAUGCAGAAAGGUUAUUUGGCCCCAGAACUAACCUCACCCCUAUCACAUCCAACACCUGCAUCAGAUUGGUGGUCUGUCGGAGCACUUAUGUACCAUUUGCUCACAGGACAGAGCAUCUCUCAAGCUCAUCCCUCAGGUAUCACCUCCCACACUGAACUGCUAAUACCACCCCACCUGUCACCUGAGGCGGUUUCCCUCCUUUCUCAGCUACUGUGUGUUCAUCCUACGGAGCGGCUUGGGGGAGGUGGAGCAGGAGUCCAGGAGGUCAAGGAUCACACCUUUUUCACUGGUAUCCAGUGGGUCAAUUAGCUGCUUUGGGUGAAUAGUAUCCCGUGCAAUGCUAAAUUGUAAUGCUCAACUUAGGAAGCAUUGGCAGCCAAAGAUAACGGACAAGGGAGUGUUCUUUACCGUUGGUUCAGAUAUUUAUGUACACAGGAGAUCUUGUAAAUUUGUAAUGUUUUCAUCAUGUUGGUGCUCUCCUAACAAUGAAUCCAGUAUUCUACACUUUUAAAUUUAUAUUUUCUGAUAAUUAUAAAUAGAUAGAUCAAUACAUAGAUAUAUAUAGAUCAAUAGAGAGAUAGAUAGAUAGGAAAAAACUAAGAUCACGUAUAACCUUUCAGUAUAACUUUUUGAAUCUCAACAUAUUAUCUCAGAUAAAUGGGGGAAUUACUCAAGUACUUCCUAGUCUACCACAGUAUAUCCAAGACAGAUAAGCAAACAUAUCCUUCCAUUGCAACAACUUCACGUCUUCCAAAUUUUCUAUUUCAUCUCAUAUGCUCCCUGAUCGUUUCUGCAACCUUCAUACAAUUGGGGGAUAACUUUAUUCAAAAUUUAUAAGAUCUUUGGAAUGACCCAGUAACUCAUAAAACAGAUACAUAAUUGAUGGGCACAUCAACAGAACCUCUGAAUUUAUCCCCUGUAAUCAUAUGAGAAAGUGCCAUGAUAUGAAUGCACUUCAAAACAUAGCUUGUUAUGUAUUAUGAAGGUUUAACUGUUGCCUGCUUUACCUCUCCAAAAGGAAGAUCUGAUACCUUUACAGACUACACUAUGAGUAUUUUUAAGUAUUUUGGAACACAGCUUCCUUUCUAAACUGUGUGCACAUACUUGAUAAAGACAACCCCCACUUGCCAAGUUUUAUACAGUUUCAAAGAGAGAAUUUGAUAUUAUAAUGUAUGUUAUGUGUACAUUAAAAGUCUUGUUGAUCUAAAAUUCAAAGUGCAGCUGUUGUAGAUUUUUAAUGAAUGUUGUGUGUGCAUGGUGUGAUCAGAUAAACUACAAGUUGAGAAUCUCUUACACAGAAUUCUAGGGAUUGGAAGUGUACUUGAUUUGAUUUUAGAAUACACUGGUGCCACAGGUUUCAUAUAUAACUUUUUGCAAACUUGUAUUAGAUGCAAAAAUGUUCAAGAUUCAAAGCAAUAUUUCCUAUUUAAAUUCACAUAAAUUUAAUUCAUGCUGUCCAGGCCACCUACAGCCACCCCCAAAAUCAUAUUCUACUGAAAAUAUAAGUCUUUGAAACAAUUAAACAAAUAUAUAAUUCAAAUAAUUUCUGAGGGAAAUAUUAUAUGAAACCACAGAGCAAUGAAAACUUUUCCUUUCUGAAAUUUAUACUGGCACAAGUGAAAGUUGCAGAGGAAGGAGGGUGGCUACUACUUGGAAGGGGAGUAACUUUGAUUCUGGUGUGCUGCGAUCUCUUUUCUAAUGUUAAAUAUUGUUGAUUUAGCCUUACUGUACUCUUGGCAAGAUCAAAGUAUCCUUUUCAACUCACUUUUAUAAAUUCUUUCUCUUUCACUUCUAUAAUAUUGUACUUUUUUCUAUUCUCUUUUUUACCUGCAUUUUACAGUUUUUUUUAUUUAUUUAUUUAAAUUUUUUUUUUUUUUGGGGGGGGGGAAUAAAACAAUGUUAGGCACCCCCCCAAAAAAUAGAAAAGUAGGCAGUAACAGAGGACUUCAAGCAAACAUUGCUGAAGAAACUUCAUUAAUUGGUUUGUUUCCAAACGAGGCACUUGUGAUUUUCUAACUGUGGCAUGUCAUGACAGCAUUCAAAAACUACAAUUUUGGAGGUCUCCAGAUUUGAGAAUUUCAGAUAAGAGAUUGUAAACCUGUAACACCAUGAGUUAUGAAAGCAGCAUUUAGAGAUCAUAAGCAUCACAAAACAACACAAUUGAUCUACUAUAUGCGACACAGCCACCCAAGCUGUUCAUUCUCCUUUUCGGGCUGGUCGACAUAUGGGUACCUGGGCAAACCUGGGUGAACUAAAGUGUGGUAACCAGGAUGUCACUCUUGGCCUGUGCCCUGGGGUAAUGGGCUCUUACCCACCACAGGCUGAAGGGCCAAAGAGACGGAGAUAAGGCCGACUUUAACUGCAGCUUAGCAUAUGCCCUAAUUUUACUUUAUUUUACUUUUAAAAAUUAUAGAUUUAUUCAUUAUCAUGUUUUGUGUAGCACUGAUUAUAAAUUCACUUUUUUUUUCAGAGAUAAUAUAGAUAACACUGGGUUACAAAAAAAAAUUGUAAGUUGUCUAAGUUUUUUUAACUGACUUAGGACAAAUUUGCACCGCUUAGUCCGAAAAUGACACCCGUUUCUCUCAAUCAGGUCAGAUUUUUGUGCUAAGUCGAUUUUUUAAAAAUUCGAUCUUAUAACUAAAUUAAUUACAUUUUUGUGACAUUUUCGGUUGAUUUUUGUUAAUAUUUCUCAUCCGAAAUAGGUUUUUAAGAUAAAAAAAUAGUUUUCUAACACAAUUCAUCAAUUUAAUGUUACAAAAAUUCCUAAGUGUACAUUGAAUAGUAGACAUUGAUAAAGGUAAGUACAUGUAAAUUGGAUAUUAGGUCAUCAUUGUCAAAAUUCAGUUUCUUCGAACUCCUAGAAUGCUCCGCAGGAGGGAUGUCUCUCUUCAGAGUCCAACAGUAUUGAGCAUCAUGACUGCAUCCCUGAUACUUGGUCUCCAUCUCUUUCAUGUCCUGAUGGAAUCUCUGCCCCUGCUUGUCGCUCAUUGAUUGCAGAUUCUCAGGAAACCGAUCCAUAUGUGAGAAUAAGUAAUGCAUUUUGAUGCUCAUGUUCCAUCCGAGGUUUCUGAAAGCAGUCAGCAUAUUGAUGACAAGUUCUGCGUAGUUCCUGGCCUUCUUGUAGCCAAUAAAGUUCUUCACAACAAGAACAAAAGCCUUCCAAGCUACGUACUAGUUUUCAAACUCUGGAUCUCUGAUGAGCUGACGGAGUUGAGGACCAUCAAAGAUGCCAGCUUUCAACUUCUCCAUGGUCAAACCUGGUAAAGUGUGGCACAAUAAGUGAAGCAGCCACCAUCCUUGUCCAGAGCUUUGGUGAACUGUUUGAUCAAGCCGAGCUUGAUGUGCAGUGGUGGGAAGAGUAUCCUGUCUCUGUCCACCAGAGGGUUAUUUAUGACGUUCCUUGCUCUGCAAGGCACCAAUUCCUCCCAUACAGGCCAGUCCUUCUUCGCAUAAUGCUGAGCUUUGUCCUUACUAUCCCACAUAAACAGAAAGUAUGGAUACUUGGUAAACCCAGACUGUUGUCCCAACAAAAAGCUCACCAUCUUCAGGUCAACACAGAUCAAUCACUCAUGCUGAUCAUAACAAAUUUUCUCCAGCACGUACUUCACCGCUUCAUACUUCUCCUUCAGUGUAGUUGAAUGAGCGAGGGGUACAGAGGCAAACUGGUUGCCGUUGUGCAGCACAACACAUUUCAGCAAUCGCUUGCUGCUAUCCUUGAACAGUCUCCAAUCUUCAGGUCGGUACUGUGGCACUCCAAGCUUGUGCAGAAGCUGUGCAACAUCUGUACAGUACACCAAGGCCUUCUCUUCAGAGAAAAACAGAGGUACUCAUGAUAUCUGUUGUGGUUGAAGGUGAUGCUAGCACUGUCAGAGAGGAAUGUUUUUUCCUUCAAUCUGGAUGCCAACAGUUUGGCAGAGGACUUUGACAAGCCGAGAUCGCGAACUAGAUCAUUUACCUCCUUUUGGGAAUAAGGAUGAGGAACAUCAUCAUCAAAAAACACUUCUUCUAUUUUAUUUUCUUCAACAGUGGAGGACUCUUUAUCACUAAUGUCAGAAAGUUCUCCAAAGACAGGUACCGGAAUUUCAUCACAAUGAGCUACAGGACGACGUGCUGCUUCAAAAUCAGGAUACUUGAGGCUGCUCCGGCUCUUUCUGUUGAUUCCAGUCAAAUCAAUAAUGCAGAAGUAGCAGUCAGUGCCAUGGUUUGUCGGCUCCCUCCAAACCCUGGGAAUUCCAAACUUGAGACAACUCUUCUUUUCCCUUCGUCGAACGAUGCAAAUACUCCGUGCAUGUCUUGCAUACCAUGUGUAGCGCCCAAGCUUUAUCCUGGUCACCAAGUUUCAUACCAAAAUAAGCAUGGUAAGCACACUUUAUGAAACUUGUGACUGGAUUCCUGUUAGGAACAAAGGUGUAUUCGCCGCAGAUGUAGCAGAAUACAUCGGGCUUAUUUUUGCAAGAUCUUCUGGCCAAAUCCAUUUCAUUCACCUGCAAAAGAAAAAUACCAGUUAGUAAAAAAUUGGCGCAUGUAUACUUCAAAAUUCAUUUAUUUAAAGAAAUAAGAAAGAAUUUUGCCUCAUAUAAAUAGAAAAUACCCGUACGUAUAAAAAAAAUGUAAAAAACAUCAUGUGGCAAUAGAUGAAAAUGUUGACCUGAUUGAGCAAAACCAAUGUGAUUUUUGGAUUCAGCACAUUAAAAUUGUCCUAAAUCCGCUAAAAAAAACUUAGACGAUAAAUUUGUUCUUGGCCAGUGUAAUUAUUACCAAAAGUUCAGAGAAAUUGAUUUUCAAAGCAAUACAUGAAAAAUAAUGCUAAUUUCUAUUUGUCCUCAUUAAUGAGAGUAUUACCUUCUGAUAAAGAUUUAGAUCUUCGUUGACCCAACAUUCAGCUUAACUAUUAUUGAAAGGGACUCUUCUUUGGGAAAGUCAUCUCACCCAAAAUAGGAUAGUUGUUUCCCCCAUGAUAUUGCCUAUUUUUUUCCCCCUAUUUCAUUGGUAGGCUAUCUUGGCGGGAUCUGAUGGUCGGCCGCAGCCUGUUAUGGUGUGAGUGUGUGUUUAUAGGGGUGCCAUCUUGCUUGGUUCAUGCUGCCCCCAGAGCCAAUGUUUGAUCAUCUCAUCUAGAGAGAGAAUCUAGAGUCCAGGUUAAUAGGUUGUCUUUAGAACAGCAUGAGUUGAUUAAGGACACUCAGCGGCGACUGAAGAAUCCCAACUUGUGGUAGCAGCUGGGACAUGAAUCCACGCCAUCCUGGACGGCGCGACCACAUGCUAACCACUCAGCCACCGAGUAACAUAUCAGUUGUUACAGAGUAACAUAUCAGAUCCUGCACAAUCAUGUUGAAUCCAGUUUUUGGAAAUAUUUUGUAUACAAUAAGUAAACUUACAAAUGCAAAGCAUAUGUAAUAUAGGACUAUUUUGCCUUCUGCAUUUGGCAAGUUUUAAGUUGCAAUACAAUGACUAGAACUAUCAUUGAAAAAAAACUAUAUACCCAUUUUCAUGUACUUUAAUACUUUCAUACUUAAAGCUGUUUCUUGCAUAGAUAGUUACUAAUCAUGUACAACCAGCACAAAAGUAAGCUGUUAAGCACAGGCUCUUUGCUAGUAAUAACAUAACAUAGCUUUGUCAUAAACUGGUUAUCAUUAGGGCUUGCUAUUAUCACAAUCAUCAUAUUAUGUAAUUGCACUUGAAGUGGUUAACUAUUGCUUAUGUUGU